CAAGGACAGGAAGUGAGACCGAAGUGCACCAAAUUAUGACUCAUUGUUUUGUUUUGAUAUAGGUGUCAAACGUGAAGCUUUUAUCAAAUUCAUAUCAAAUUGUUAUUUUUAGGAUAUUUUUCGAGUUAAACUGUGUUGGAUUUUGUAGAGUUGAGUGAAAUUAAGUUGUGAAGUGAAUUCUGAACUAUUUUACCUAAAGAAAUUAUUAAAAUAAGAUAUUUUUGUGGUAAGGAACUUUUUCCAGAAAAUGGUCAGUUGUGUAGCUUGUGGCUAUUCAAAAACACCAAAGAAAAACAAUUCCGGUGUAACAUUUCACAGAUUUCCUAAGGAUGAAAGACGUAGAUUUAGAUGGGUGAGUUUUGUUAAUAAGCCUGGGUUUACUCCUAACAACAGGAGCUUAUUGUGCUCCAAGCACUUCAAGGAAGAAUGUUUCAACAGAUCUUCACAAUCUGUUAUUAGAUUAUUUCCCAAUGCAUUUCCAACUAUAGAAGCUCCCCGUGUGAAAUAUGUAAGUGAUGAAUUGUUGGUAAGGACUGUUAUUAUUUCUUGAACUGGGGUCGUUAUGGCUCAGUUGGCCUUCCGGGAACUGCGACCACAUAGAUAUUUGGUUCACUACCCUACUCAUUCAUGGAAACCUAAGGAGGUCUUUAGAAUGGUGUUAAUAAAACCGAAGACUUUCUUAGGGGCCUUGGCCGUUACCUCUUGGGUAACCAGAGCUGGUUUUCCCAUAUGAAUGGUUCUUAGGCCAGCCAGUUCUGUACACUUACAUAAUAUGUGAUUGUUUAUAUUGCU